AUGUUUGCUUUGCGUGAGAUUCUCUCACAGCUACCUUCAGAUGGUGCAACUAGGUGGAUCAAAGUGGAGAAUGUGUCUUCGCCAAUGUCGAGUGCAGAUGUGACAAACCUUUUCCCUGAUGCAAUAGGCUGGCAUUUUACAUCGCAUAUUUUAAGAACGGAUUAUGUGGUGUGUUUCCCGAAUGAAUCUUUGGCGAGGAUAGCAAUGGGAAAGGUCGAGGGGCUUCUAUUCUUGGGUGAAAAAUUAAGGUUCUCUUAUGUGGAAGAAGGUGAUGAAUAUAAGUGUCCUGUCUCAAUGAGGGUAACGGGUGCCUCCCCUCCGCUAUUUUUUCUGCCUCCAGAAGUUUCCUAUGAUAGCCGUCUUGCUGAAGCCGAUCGAAUCAUUUCGUCCAUUUGCACAACGCACCCGUCGAAUCAGAAAUGGGUGGAUGGUCGAUGA